CUGUCUUUUUCCAUUAGAGAAAGCCGAGACCGCUAUGUGUGGACAGGGCGAAGGAAAGCGAGCACCUUAACCGAGCCUGCGGGAUUGAGUAGCUAGUUAAGUGAGUUCCGAAGAUGAAAUACAGAUAACUACGGUUUAAACUGGGCCGUGGCUGCGGCUGGGAAGAGUUUCUACACGGAGAAAAAUGGAAAAGCAGCCGAAGCCGCUGCCGCCGCCGCUACUGCUGCUGUUGUCCUCGCAGCUCAGCCUCCAAAACAGGGUCUAUGAGGUGACGUUAAACAGCGCUUUCCUCUCCUGGAAAGAGGUGGAGACGAGACCAAAACGGACCUCGGGCAACAUUUAUGGUCCUCUGAAGGCUGCAGGCAGCCACUACGUGCCAGUGUGUGAGAUCAUAUCCGUCCAGGAGACGGAGGAAGACUGCCCAAGCACAGACACAGGAAAGUGGCAGAAAGUUCCACAAAGUGUAGCUGAAUCUAACCAGCACGCUUUCACAGUGUCCUAUGUGGAGAGGACUCAGAAACACCGCUGGCGGUGCAGUGAAGUCACCCUCCAUUGCACUGAUAGGACACUGUGUCUGCAAUGGGUCCAAGCCAUCAGGGAGCAGCUCUCACUAUUGACUAUCCGACCGAAGCGCUUGCUGGUCUACAUAAAUCCCUAUGGAGGGAAACACCACGGGAAAAGGAUUUAUGAGCAGAAAGUAGCCCCAAUUUUUUCCCGUGCCUCUAUUUCCACUGACGUGAUUGUUACAGAGCGGGCGAAUCAUGCCAGGGACCACUUGAAAACGGAGGCUGAUUUAAAGAAAUACGACGGGGUGGUUUGUGUUGGAGGAGACGGCAUGUUCAGCGAAAUCAUACACGGCCUCAUCUCCCGUACGCAGUGUGACUCCGGCGUGGACCAGGACUGUUCAGACGAGCCUCUGAUUCCUUGCAGCCUUCGUAUCGGCAUCAUUCCUGCAGGUUCGACUGACUGCAUAUGCUACGCAACGGUCGGCUCUAACGACCCCGUGACCUCAGCUCUGCACAUCGUCGUGGGAGAUUCCCAGCCAAUGGACGUCUGCUCCAUCCACCAUAACAACACCUUUCUUCGCUACUCCGUCUCGCUGCUUGGUUACGGUUUCUAUGGCGACGUACUGACCGACAGCGAGAGGAAGCGUUGGAUGGGCCCGGCUCGCUACGACAUCUCAGGUGUUAAAACGUUUCUGUCACAUCGCUACUAUGAAGGGACGAUCUCUUUCCUUCCUGCCGAUGAGAAUGUAGGAACUCCGCGCGACAAGCUGCAGUGCCGAUCUGGGUGUAAUAUCUGCAGGCUGCCUUCAGCAGACAAGCAGGUUUCCAAAGAUGAGGAAAGUGUCUCGGAUACCGAGACAAAAGGAGUGUGGAAGGUCAUCAGGGGAAAGUUCUUGGCCAUCAAUGCUGCAUGUAUGAGCUGUGCUUGUCCUCGCAGCCCCAAAGGCCUGUCUCCCUCUGCACACCUGGCCGAUGGCACAGCUGACCUCAUCCUGGUGCGCAAGUGCUCACGAUUUGACUUCCUGCGCCACCUGCUGCGACACACCAACAAAGACGACCAGUUUGACCACCCGUUUGUGGAGGUGUACCGAGUGCAACAGUUCCGCUUCACGCCCAGGUAUGAGGACACCGACUCUGAGCUGGACCUUAGGGAGACCGAGGGCUCUGGUCGUAAACGCUUCUUCAGCCAGAUAUGCAGAGAGCAUCCGGCAUGCAGCUGCAGCCUGGCGCACAGUAGCUGGAAUUGUGACGGAGAAAUCCUGCCUCAUGCUGCCAUUCAAGUCAGAGUGCACUGCCAGUUGAUCAAGCUGUUUGCAAGAGGGAUUGAAGAGCAGUCCGUCUUUGAGGAACCUUAUGCUCUCAGUGCAAUAUAGAGCUGCCUGUCACUGGAAAGGGAAAAAAAAUCGAACUUGCCGAACCAUGAAGAAUCCCAAACUUUUAGGUCACAUUUGGGUUAACGAGAUGCUGUUACAAGUUCCAGUGCACAUUAAUUUAUAGUGUUUGCAGGAAGUGACGUCAUUAGUUUGCUGGUGUGCACCACGGUUGAGUAGAUAGCAUCUACCUGUCUUUAUAGAUCACUGAAAUUGCAAUAGCAAAAGCUCAGAUGGGUUAAACCUGUAUCCCCACAGUAUUGCUAUGUUUUAACAGAUUCCUUCUUUUAGAGUGACUAUGUUGCUAAUUAUUUCUUUUACCCCACCCAACAUGUUCUAAGGUUAACUGUUCAGCAUGACUUCUGUCUGUCUUCCUCUAUUGUCAAGCUGGUCUUGAUGUUUUGGACAGCAGUAUCCCCAAGUUUAAACCUAACGCUCAAGUAUUUUCUUUAAAGGGAGUGAAGUACCCAACAUUAUCCUGCAGUAGCUUCUGUCAUUAAAUGUAAUAUAUUUAGUUACUUCAAUUAUUUCCCGGAAAUUGUAUUACAGCUAUUGUUGUAAUAUUUAGCUGUUAUGUCCAGCAGCUGAAAUGUGUGUGUAUGUAUGUGUGUGUGUAUGUGUAUGUGUGUGUGUGUGUGUGUAUAUAUAUAAUGUGAUAUAUUAAGUGUUUUGUAGCAGUCUAGCACUGAGUGUACCCCGUAUCAGUCUGUUAGUGAUAUAAUACUCUGGACAUUAUACUGAGGUAAAUUGCUUCUUAGGAACUUAAAUCCCACGCCAAAAACCAAGCAUCACCUGUAGAUAUUUAACCUGUUGUGUCAUUAGCGCGUGGUCAGUUUUGUUUCUGGAGCCUCAGUUGAAUGCAUUGUGAGCUCUUGAGUAAAUGUAGUUGAUAACCUGCUCUAGCUUUGUCUGCAGCAUAAUUCUCCUGGGUGUCAACCCAUUUAGGAUCUCUACCCUUUAUUGCUUAUGUGCUUCUUUUGCUCAGAUUUCUUAUUUCUCUCUGUCUUGUUUCUGUAAAAUAGCCAUAGGGCAUCAUGUUCUGUGGCCUUCCGCUGAAGGUUUAAUGUGCAUACUCCAAGGUUUUGUUGUUAUCAGGGACUUUGAGCAAUCUGUGAUUUAAUGAAAUUGCCUCUUCUCUGUAGUGCGUCUGUUGUUUGAAUGUUUGAGAAGCUGAGGUAAUUCUGUGCUUGAGUUCAGGUGCUCUGUCAGUUUCCUAAUGCUGAAGGAAGGUCCUGUAAAUCAUUCAUCUCAACCCCACCCCUUGUGUAAUUCAAGUAAAGAGGAGCUGCUGUAGUGUAUGAUAACACUAGCAGUCAGUGCCAGGCCAUGAACUGUCCUCAGUGUGUGUGUACAAACAGCAGCCAUCUGACAGCUGCUGUGUUUGGCAGCCCGGUUCAUGGCCAAUCAAACACAUGCCCAUAUGCAUCAACCGCUGUGUCAACAAACCUCCUAUUCGAGCACACGGACAGCCCUGAGAUCGGACUUCAUCUGCACAAAAAUCAUAAUUCAAAAUCCUCUUCAGCCCCCUCGUAAAUCUCACUGCCAUCUAUGCUUGCUCUGGCUUUCAUUACUGCGGCUGUCGCUAAUUUAUGGUCCAGGUCCAGUGCUGUCGGUUGUGACGAGCCUGUUUGCCGUACAUUACAGCAUCAUCAGCAUCCAUGACCCACACAUGUAUUGCCACUGCAACCUCAGUAGCGAUCACUGUGAGCAAAGCAACCCUUCCCUUAGAUAUGCUGCCUAGAUAAUAAAGUCUCAGGUGUGACUGAAAAGAGGGAUCUUCAUCUCGCAGGCUUCGAGAUGACACUUGGAAUGAUGUAUGACCUGAAAUGUACAAGUUGAUGCGUGUUACCAAGGGAAAAAAAAAAACAACUUAAUAAAGUUCUUCAAAACA